AUGAAAUCUAGUCACGUUAUCGUUACGGCUAGAAAGCACUUCCGAGAUCGGAGCCAUGAAUGCGUUAAGUUAGGUUCCUCUCGCUACAAGAAAUCUAUAAGAGCUCCAGUCAACGACCUCUUUGUCCUCCUCCUCAUCGUCCAUCUUAACCAUCUCAUAAACCAAACCUCAACAAUCACAUUGCCUCGUUCAGACGAUCCAAAAAAGUUCCUUAUCAUGCUUUUAUUAAAAUUUAUAAUUGCUGCUGUCCUAGCUGUUACUAUCUCCAGCACUCCCAACGAAAAGGACCUCACUGCAACUGAUACAAUCUUAGAAAGACGAGCUAUGGUGCUCAGGGCCUUGCAAAAGAGAGAAUGCGAAGGCUGUGCCACUGGGGGAUGCGACCACGGGCUGUGUAAAUUAGCUUGUUGUCAAUGA